UUAACAGUGCCGACAAUGUGUAUAAUUUCUAAUAUGCAUUACUUAAAACCAAUGUAUUAACGUUAACCACAAUUAACAUUCCUUGAAACGCAUAAUUGAUUACAUUUAGUCGUAGUUAAUCAGUAUUUGUGAUAGGACCACAUGAGGAUUUUUUUUCUAUAGCUCAAGACUCUUGUUUAGUCUGAACUCUUGUAUUUUCAGUUUCGUGAUUGGUCAGUUUCCCGGUUAAGGGUCUCGUGGGGCAACGAGGGCUUCAUCUGGUGCAAACAAGAGAAAGUGAAACAGAUUUAUGAUCACUCAGGGUCAUCCUCAUCGGUAAUCUUGAAGAACUGCGUAAAAUGGCGAAUAAUCUUGAUGAUGCUCAAGUAGAACUGGACUCGGUGGAGGCAGAGUUGGAGAUGGUGGAACUGCAGAUCUCUGAGCUGCUGGAGAAACAGACCAAGCUGAACUCCAGGAAAAACAAACUCCUGCAGACCCUGGAGGGAGCCUGCAGCUCGGCCCAGCCCUCUGGAUCCAGCAAACCUCGCAAACCAUCCUUCAGCAAACAGGACCUCCAGCACUAUGAGGAGUCAGAUUUCUCAUGGUCUGAAGAAGUUCAGGCGAAGCUGUGUAGCGUGUUCCAGCUCUCCAAAUUUCGUCCCCUGCAACAGGCGGCCAUAAAUCUCAGCAUGUCAGGGAAAGACCUUUUCCUGGUAAUGCCCACUGGACGAGGAAAAAGCCUGUGUUACCAACUGCCAGCCCUCUGCUCUAAGGGUUUUACAUUAGUUAUCGCCCCAUUGGUGUCUCUAAUGGAAGAUCAGCUGAUGUAUCUGAAGUCCGUUAAUGUCCCGGCAGUGACUCUCAAUGCCUCCAGUACAAAGGAGGACUCUAAGCAGGUGCUGGCAGGGAUGAUAGAUAAAAACAGCCCCUUCAAGUUGCUCUAUGUAACCCCGGAGAAAAUCGCUAAGAGCAAACUACUGAUGUCCAAACUCGAAAAGGCCUACAACAUGGAUCUGUUGGCACGCAUCGCCGUUGAUGAAGUUCACUGCUGCAGUCAGUGGGGGCAUGACUUCAGGCCAGAUUACAAGCUCCUGGGUAUCUUAAAGCGCCAGUUCCCCAAAGUCCCAUUGGUCGGACUGACUGCCACAGCAACCAGCAACGUUCUUAAAGAUUGCCAGAAGAUUCUGUGUGUUCAGGAACCAAUCACUCUGACAGCACCGUUCAACAGACCCAACCUUUACUAUGAGGUUCGUUUUAAAGAUAAUGAAGACUGUGUCGAACAGAUUUCACAACUGAUUAGAGAGAGGUACAAAAACCAAUCAGGAAUCGUGUAUGUGUUCUCCCAGAAGGAUGCAGAAGCCGUGGCUACAGACCUGCAGAAGAGAAACAUUCUAGCUCAGCCGUACCACGCCAACAUGGAGCCUUCAGACAAGUCUCUGGUCCAUCAGCGGUGGUCCUCCAAGAAGAUCCAGGUGGUCGUUGCCACUGUGGCUUUUGGGAUGGGCAUUGACAAGGCAGAUGUUCGAUUUGUUAUCCAUCACACCAUCAGCAAAUCUAUCGAAAAUUACUAUCAGGAGAGUGGACGUGCAGGAAGGGAUGAUGGCUCAGCAGACUGUAUUGUAUUCUUCGGGUUUGCAGACAUCUUCAGAGUAAGCACAAUGGUUGUGAUGGAGAACACUGGGCAGCAGAAGCUACAGAAUAUGGUGGCAUAUUGUCAAAAUGUGGACCGGUGUCGUCGUGCUAUGAUGGCCAUUCAUUUUGAUGAAGUUUGGAAUGAUGACGAGUGCAACCAAAUGUGUGAUGUUUGUCGGCACGGCAACGAGUACAUCACAAUGGACAUCACCAAACAUGCUCGAGAUGUUGUUACGAUAGUAGAAAUGGCCAGCUCUAUGGAUGAAAAGUUGACCCCUCUGAAAGUCUGUGAUGCUUGGUUGGGAAAAGGGCCCGCUAAGCAUCGCAAAACGAUAAAGGUCACGUCACUGUCACGCUUGGAAGUGGAGUCCAUUAUCAUCCACCUUUUGUUGCAUGGCUACUUCAGUGAGGACUUCAGCUUCACUCCCUACACAACCCACUUCUACUUGAAGCUGGGCCGUAAGGCAACUCUCCUGAAGAAGGACAACCACUCCAUCACUAUGAAGAUGAGGAGGAGAGUGAUGUCACACGCUACUGAUGAGACACAAGAGCAAGUUGCGACAGCCUUGAUUGAUGUGUCCAACGUGGCCAUUCAGAUAAAUAACAAAACUAAAAUAAAUAAGAAUCACCAAAACACGGAGAAGAGACUUGCUCAAAACCACAUUGAAAGUCUUGCUUCUGAAGCAAGUGAGUAUAUAAAGCCAACCUCAGUAUUUGAGGUUCAUGUUGAGGUCAAUCCUGUAGAAGAACGGAAUUGUGAAAGUGAAAAAGAGAAAGGUCUUAAAAACUCCCCUGAACAGCAAUCUUCAUCACCGAAAAGACGGCAAAAACAUCGGUUAACUCAGAACUGCGCUGCUAAUGCUGACCAGGCGAAGCCGGAUCUGGUUAGCGCUCCCUCUGAGCUCUCUAUCAUCUCUGCAGCUGCUGUGGAGGAGCUACACCAUCUGCGCAGUUACUAUAGCAAACAGUUGAGACGGAUCAACUACAUUUCCCAUGAGCACUUGCAAAGCUCCCAGCCUGGGAUGCUGACGUGUAUGAGAGGGCCCUUCAAAAGCCUCCGUUUCCCAUCGAAGACGACCAUAUCCAGAGGUGCCAGGAAUUUAUGGACUCGUGUUAGUAUGAGGAGGAAGCUCAUACAGUGAAUUAUGUUUCCUUUCUGAUUUCUGUUGCAUAAGCCUGCUUUUUAGUAGUUUGAAGAUGUUAAUAAUUUUUGAAGGAAAUAAAGUUUAGUUGGUUUUGACAAAAAA